UGUCUGAGCGGAGUGAGGAAGUGCGGCUCUGUUAGCUGCUGUAUCUUUUCAGGUUCAGACCGGACUGUCAAAGUCACACAGAGCGACGACGAUGAUGAUGAUGAUGAUGAUGGGGUCAGAGACAAGAUGGAGAUCCUUUCUAGCGUUCUAAAUAAAGUGUUUCAGCUCUCCAGAAUCUCUGACACAAAGAAUGUACAGAGGACCAAGAAGAUGGAGGAGAAAGCUCUAGAGGUUUAUGAUGUAAUUCGCACUAUUCGGGAUCCAGAGAAGCCCAACACCCUGGAGGAGCUGGACGUCGUGACUGAAAAGUGUGUCGAAGUUCAGGAUCUCGGCGAUGAUGAGUAUCUCAUCAUUAUCAGGUUCUCCCCGACAGUGCCGCACUGCUCUCUGGCCACCCUGAUAGGCCUCUGCUUACAAGUGAAGCUACAGCGAUGCCUCCCAUUUAAGCACAAGUUGGAAAUUUACAUUACUGAGGGAACACAUUCGACUGAGGAGGAUAUUAACAAACAGAUCAAUGAUAAGGAGCGCGUAGCGGCAGCCAUGGAGAACCCUAACCUGCGGGAAAUAGUGGAGCAGUGUGUUACUGAGCCUGAUGACUGAGCCUUUCUUACACAAAUACACGUUUUUAUAUGAAAACGUGGCCUGAACGACUGCAAUGCUUCUUUGUAUUAGCUUUUUGAAAUGUGCUGAAGGGAGAGUGAUGUGAUGAUUGAUAAUGGUUAGCUCUGUUUACUCUCUGCCUUCUCUGCAAGCAGCAGAUGAGGCAAAAUAAAACCCAGUGAUCAAUAUGACAGCAAUAAGCCCUGCCUCAUCAUGAUGGAUCCUGUUCAGGGACUUCGCUCAGCCUGCUCAGCUGAAUGGAACAGGGCUGGAUGCAGUUAAGGCGGCCUGAACUGGGAUUUGUCAGAUGUCCCAAGAGUGAUGGGACACGGAUCCAGAUGGAGAAUAAAGUAUGCAUUCGUUUGUCUAGCUCCAGUUUGUUUGCCUUUUUAAUAUUCUAACUGAGCUAAAGGUCACUGAUAAGGAUAAAUGUUUUCUCAGGCAAAAAGCCAAAGCAGUGGAAAUGCUAACGUCCUGUCAGAUUAUCACCAAUCAUGAGAAAAUGUAGAUGAAAACUGUAGCCUUUUUUUCUGUUUGCUAGAUUGUUCCUAUUAUCAGUCAGCUGUUCAGGUCAACAUUUCUGUUAUCUCCCUAGCCUCCAUUGUAUCAUCAUCAUAAAGGUGUUGAAAUUCCCCAGCCAUAAUCUUAUAUAGCUUGCUAUACUGGAAAUUUCCUGUCAUCCUUUUUCUGGGUCAGUUGUCCUCUUUGAUUUUGCUCUCUCUUCUUCUCAUUGAGCUUUUAUUAAGAAAUCAACUUCCUUAUUGAAGCCUAUUAUAUACAGUGUAAAUAUAUUUGAUAUGUCAGAAGAUUCAGCUGUCAAAAGAAUAAAGUCUUUUAUUGAAAACAGUUUAAAAA